AUGCAGAACGUCUCGGCAAGUUCUGAGAACAGCAGCGAGAAGAAGAGGAAAUCCUUUGGGCUGAAACCAGGUAUCGACGUGGACAGAGCUUACGACAAGAUCCGCCAAGAGUACCAACGAAACCGCAAGGCCUUCCAGUAUCUCUACCCCAACGAGAGCCAGGACAUGGUGCAGAAGACUUACGGGUUGGACGAUGAGAGGCAGCACGAACUGAUGAGGAUCAAACGGCAUUUACAGGCCGGUCAGAUCUAUCAGCUCAGCCGCAGCAGAGAUAGUCCAGAUGGCAAGACUGCCGCAAACAAACCAGCUGACUGGGUGCUGUGCUUGAAGAGAGGGAGUAUGAGCGGAACCAAAGGAGGGAUAUAUGAGGCCGACAUUCGUCAGAUACAUAACUUCUCUAGAGGACUUCAAACUCACAACGACGACAACGCCAAAGGACUCGAUGAAGUUGGAGUCGCGCGGAUGAAAUUGUCCGCAAGGGAGGAGGAGCUCGCAGAUCUCAGUCAGCGCCAGCUGUUCAUGAGGAAAUAUGAGGAAAGGCAGAGAAAGGCUGGGAAAGAUGAUGCUCUUUAUCCAGCCCUGUGA